UGGUUCCCAUUGCAAGACCUAAUUUAUACACACCAGGGAUGUAAUCGUUAGUCCAAAGAGUAGCGUUUUGCAACGAAAACAAUAGUUUAUAUUGGACAGAUUCAGGUAGGUCCCCCGUUUCGUUCCUAGUGAAUACACCCCAGAUGGACCGUCAUAUUGUCAUUUUGAUAAGCGACACAGUUCAUCGAUACUGAACUGUACAUAAUGCAAAUCAAAGCACAUGAGUAUACAUGUGAGUAUACGUUCCAACGAAGUAGCAUAUGCAUUGGCCACUGUUUGCAAUAUGUCUGGCGCAAAUAUAUCGAUUGCCGUUUAAAUGUAAUUGGAAUAUGCAGCUAAUAUAACUUGGCAAUGCAUUGUAUUUCAUAUGACAAAAAGGGGACCGAUAUUUACCCAUUGUUUUGCUUGAAAUCGACCGUUUGUCACCUAGACGUGAAAGCACUCUUCAUUUCCGGGUUGUCAACGCUAACCACUCCUCUAAAAGCGAACGGGCCAAUCGACAAAUGAGUGCCCAGCAGCAAGCAAGUUUAGCCAAUUGCGUUAGGUCGCUGAUUUCUGAGGGUGCACACCGUCAUAUCUAUUGGGUGAAAUAACAGUGUGCAAUCACUGCAGCAAUAUUUGUGUGUCCUGUUGCCACAAGGAAAGGGAACCAGUGAAGAACAAAUCCCAUUUGUAAAUACAACCGAAAUGUAUGUUUAUAUUUGAACCCUUUUGUACUAUUUGCACACUAUAUAACACUGUAUAUAGACAUACUAUGACAUUUGAUGUUUCACUAGCCAAUAAAGCCCCUUUAAUUGAAAUUGAACAAACGUGUAACGCAACAGCGAGGUAAAUAUUAAAAUCACGGCGGGUAACAACCGCAUGAAGUCCAUGAGGGAAGAUACCUCAACUUAGCUCAAUCGACGAUGACGUUAUAGUAUCUCGAUCAAUCAACACUGCACAUUUGCAGACGGAAAGCUGCUUGAGCCAAUCGUAUCCCUUCAAAGGGCGGUCUACUAGCUAUUGCAAGCUCUUCUCGCACACGUCAAAACUGGAAACUGAUGGUUGUAGUUACCGACCUAACAACCAACUUUUCUCCAAUCACUUUUACUUUUUAACGAUACACAUGGAAAGUAUAAUAUUUUUUGAAAAACCAUGUCUAUAAGCCAGUGUUGACAGUAGUGUUUUGUUUGUCAUUAUACAGCAUAGUUAUCGAGACAACAGACCGAAACAAGAAGAGAGCAACUCUGACUGAUGAUAAACAAAGCAUGAUAGCUAGCAAGCUAACGUUAGAUAACGAAUACCUGUGAGGUCAUUUGAGUAAUGUUUUAGCAAGUUAACCAAAAAGACAGUUCAGUUUUUAGUGGGACGAACUAGCAAAAUGGAUUAUAAGAGCAAAAAGUCCACUCUGUCCGGGGAAAAAUCACAGGGGUCUGGUCACAAAAGUGACAAGCCACAGCAGAACAACUCGACGUCAAGAGUUGAUGCUGAUCAUGGUGGUGGGAUCAUUCACUGUCCUGUUACCAAGAACAUGAAACACCUCCUGGAUGAGUUUAAGGGGCUGUAUGAGGAGAGGUUGAGACGCCUAGAGUUUGACACAAGAGGGGGCACACAUGAGGACAUUUUACAGAUGAAGGUCCGUAUCCUCCAGUCCUAUGUGAACGACUUGGGUGACCAGAACCAAGUGCUGGUCCAGACAGUGGAGGACCUGGAAACAGAAGCCAACAACAGAGUCUGCACCAUAGAGGCCAAGCUACGCACCUCUGAUCAAAUCAUUCAUGGUCUGGAGCAGCAGAGGAGGGUUCUGGAGGAGAGUGUGUAUAGUCUGCGCUCUGAGAACCAGGACCUGAAGACUGACAUGGACUCCCUCACAAACUUCAUCCAACAAGCGAGACACCAACACACCUUGGUCGUUUCUGGGGUCACUCUAAGGACAGGCUCGUUGGAGAAGAUGAUUGAAACCUCGACUCAUACUAGCGCUACGCUCUCCCUCCUCCCUCUCUUCCCUCUUCCCUCUCUCUGUUGCUGCCAGAUGCUCAGUCGUGUCCCGGCCCAGCAGAUGUCACAACUCACCAGCUGGGGGACAGCAGGGGUGGAGGGGGAGGGGUGGAGGAGACGCCCUAUGAGCCCUAACCUUGAGGUAGAGGAUCUGAGGAGCCAGCUGAGGACUAGAGACAGAACCAUCCUUUGUCUGGAGAGAGACAUCAAGACCUUCCAACUGGAGAAUAACACACUCAACAAAACUGAGCUUUCCAAACAGAAGGGUAGGAUGAGACAGCUAGAGGAGGAGGUGAAGAAACAGGAGGCGGAACAUAGGAAAGCAGAAGAGGAGUGGAGGAAGAGAGAGGAAGAACACAGACAGAGAGAGCUGGAGAGGAAGAGAGAGGAAGACGAAAGGAAAGAGAAGCAGAGGAAGAGAGAAGAGGAGAGAAGGAAAGAGAAGCAGAGUAAGAGAGAGGAUGAGAGACAACAUGAUGAGGACCAGAGACUGAAAGAGGAGGAGCACAGAAAGAGAGAAGAGAAGUGGAAAAAGAGAGAGGAGGAACAGAGAGAGGCCUGGGCCCUUGCCAGGAAGGAAUGGGAGGAGAAAGCAUCCAAUUUGAAUGCUGAGGUGGAGAGUGUCAGGGAGGAGGAAGAGAGACAGAGGAGGGAGAUUCUGACUCUCAGACAGAGAGAGAAGACUCUUCUAUCAGAGCUGCAGACCCAGGAGAGGAGGCUGUGUGAGACCCAGAGAGAGAGCAGAAUGAGGGUAGAGGACACGGCUCGGCUACAGUCUCAGCUGGAUCAAGUCCAGAUCUCACACACGCAAACUAUGCGCCAGGCGGAGGCCAAAAUGGUGGAGGUGAGGACCGAACUGAGUGAUGAGUAUGGGAGGAGACUGGAGGAGAAGGAAGAACGAAUGAAACAGAUAACCGAAGACCUGAAAAAUGUGAGGGAGAAACACACCUCCGCCAGGGAUCAGUUGAGGAGUACAGAGGAUAUUCUCCAGUCUCUGAGGAUGCAGCUACAGGACAGAGACAGUCAGCUGGAGAAUGCUACUAACAAGAUCUUUACACUAAAGAACUCUCUGAAGGAGGCUGAGGAGAGUUGUGUUGCUGCUAAGACAGAGGUCCAGACUCAGACUACACUACUGGAGGAGAUGAGCAGAGAACUGGGGAGACUCACACUGGCUGAGAAUAAAUCUGUGGAAGAGGUGAAUGAGCGUGGGGAGAUGCUGAGACACAUGAAGCAGGACCUGUCUGCUCUGAAGGCCACUCAGGACUCACUAAAGAGAACCCUCAGUAUGAAGGAACAACACACACACCAGCUAACACACGACAACACACACCUCCGACAAAACCUGGACACGCUAGAGAACAAGCUCCUGGUUAGUGAGGACAGGGUGUGUACUCUGUCAGUAGAGCUGGAUCAGUUGAAGAUCGGUCUGGGUAAAGAGAGAGAUCAGUGUCUGCAUCUCCAUGACCAGGUUUUACAGCAGAGUCAGGAUCUGGAGCGGGCCAACAACACACUCACUGACACACGCAGGGCCGCUGGCAGGAAGAUCCACAAGAAGGACAGCAAGCUGUCUGUGUUAUUGAAGGAGCUAGCAGAGGUUAGAAAGAACUUCUCUGACUGUAAAAAAGAGUUGGUCAGUAGAGAGUCUGCAUUGGCAAAACAGCAGGAGGAGACGGCUCAGCUGAGAUCUAAGAUGGAGGACUGUUCCAGUCAAUGUUCAGCUCUGAACAGGGAGAAAGAGAGACUGGAGACAAACCUCACACUUACUAACCAGAAACACUGCACCGCACAAGGAGAGGUGAGCAGUAGGGACCAGGUGAUUCUACAGUUGAGGACAGAGCUGAGUAAAGUGGAGCAGAAGUAUCAAGGGACACAGGAGGAGCUGGCCAUGCUGGAGGCUGAGGUCAGCCGUCUGAACCAGAAGGUCAAGGGUCAACAGGAAGAGGCGUGUCUUCUCAGGCAGAUGGUCAGAGAGACAGAGGGGCUUAGAGACCAGGAAGUGACAGAACGACAACGGAUACAGAACGCACUCUGUAUCGCACAGCAACAGGUGAAGUCCCAGACCAUGUCCAUAGAGCAGCUAACAUCUGAUCUAGACUCAAUGAAACAGAACCACAGAACUGACACAGAGCGCUGGAGCCACAGGCACUUCCUGCUCAGUAGCCAAUUAGAGCAGGCCUCCUCUGAGCUAAGCCAAUCCCAGGCCGAGGUCAGAGAGCACGGGUCAGAGGUCACAGAGCUGAGGGGAAAGCUCCAACUGGCAGAGGAGGGAUACCAGGAGGCUCUGGAGAAGGUUGAAGAGGCUAAAGGGUUGGAAAACACACGAGACACUGAGAUGGAGCUUCUGAGACAACAACUGACGGACCUCCAGGAGGACCUGAGUGAAACCACGUCCAGGACUCAGGGCCAGGAGGAGAAGGCGGCCAUCUUUAAACAGAAGUACUGCGUUGCCAUGGAGAAGGUGCAGCAGCUCCAGGGACACAUAGAGUGUGUGGAGGAGGAGCUCAGAUACACACAACAACAGCUGACUGAAUCCAAGGCAGCGGUAGACAGGGUUAAGGCGGAGCUUACAGAGCUGGAAGGGCGCUACGAGGAAAAACUUGGCCAAUGGGAGCACUCGGAGGAAGCCCUGGACCAACUGACUGAUGAGCUGCAGGCCAAUCAGAUGGCUCUGAGGGAGGGGUGUGAGAGAAUGGAACAGUGUGAAGGAACCAUACAACAUCUACAGCAAGAGGUGGACACACAGAAAACUCAGAUACUAAAGUAUGAGAGUUCACUGAAGUCCUACCAGCAGAAUCACUCCUACUCUGAUGAGCAGUAUUGUGCCUUGCAGAGACAGAGACUACAACUGCAGAAGCAAUCCACAGAGCAGGUAGAGCGCUUGGCCAAUUGCGAACAUGCCCUGCUACAGUUGAGGGCAGAGUAUCUUCGCAGGGAGGAGGAACUAGAGAAGCAGAGCCAGGAGAAGGCGGGGCUAGAGAGGACCCUGCAAUCUCUUCACCUGGACCUGGCCGCCUCCCACCGCAAACAUCUGGUCACUCACACCCAGCUGGAGCAGGAAGUGACACAGUUACAGGAGGAAGUGACACACCUACAGGAGGAGCUGGUCGACAUACACGACACCUGUACACAGAGACAACAGACCAUCCAGGGGCAGGAUGUCUUGCUCCAGCAAGUUGAGGAGGACCUGAAGGAAACCAAGCUGCUCCUUCAGAGGAGAACCAAGGAUCUGAAGGAGGAGAAAGACUGGGUGCAGAGGCUCAGAAAGGAGGUGCAGGAGCAGAGAGAGGAGGAACACAGACUUGGUGAGGAGGCCAGGGAGAUGCUAAAGAGGAGAUGCAGGGAGCUGGAGGAAGAGAAAGAGGAGGUGAAGAGGAGAAGCAGGGAGCUGGAGGAAAAGAAAGAGGAGGUGAAGAAGAGAUCUAAGGAGUUGGAAGAGGAGAAAGAGGAGGUGAAGAGGAGAACCAGGGAGCUGGAGGAAGAGAAAGAGGAGGUGAAGAGGAGAACCAAGGAGCUGGAGGAAGAGAAAGAGGAGGUGAAGAGGAGAACCAGGGAGCUGGAGGAAGAGAAAGAGGAGGUGAAGAGGAGAACCAAGGGAGCUGGAGGAAGAGAAAGAGGAGGUGAAGAGGAGAACCAGGGAGCUGGAAGAAGAGAAAGAGGAGGCGCAGACACUCAAAGAGGCCCUGUUGGAACUACGCAGGAGUCACAGACAGACAGUGGAGGAGCUGUCAUGUCGUGGAGAGGAGGUUUGGCGGUUGGAGGGGAGUGUGAGAGAAGGAAGACAGGCGGAGGAGAGGAGGAGGCUGACAGUGGACAGGCUGGAGAGGCAGUCUGCAGAGCUGAGACUGGCCCUACAGCAGGCCAUGGAGAACACACUCAACACACAGAGAGACAACCACACAACACAGGAACAAGUGAAGACAUUGGAGGAGGAGAACAACUCAUUGACCAAUCAAGUGAGGACUUUGGAGGAGAAGUACAGCUCGUUGACCACUCAGCUGCUGAGGUCACAGAGCCAGGGCCAAGACAACAUCCAGCGGCUAGCCAGUCAGGAGGAGCGUCUGGUCGUACUGAGGACAGAGUCAGAGACGCUACAGGAGAAAUACAGCAGCAAGGUGCAGGAGGUGAGACAACAUUCACCAUACUGUCCUUCAUUGGUGGUGGAUGAGGUGAGCUUCACCCUUUGGGUGUCUAGAAAAAGCGCUAUUUAAGUCCAAUCAAUUAUUUGUAUAAUUAAUGAUAUAUUACACAUGUACUAUUCAGUACUUACUGUAUGAUAAUGACAUUACAAUCAUCAGGAUGCAGAAGUUAGAAUUGUCAUCACUUGAUGUUGCUGAUACUAAAAUAUCAACAAUACAAGAGAGAUUCAUCUGGCUUUUCUAAUGCUUAUUUAUUGGUUAGAGAGGAACAUUGGGGUGUUUAACCCCAGAACUGUUCAUCAUCAGAAAGUUUAGUUCAUUACAGCAUUAUGUCAUGGUGGUGUAUUCACACAGGGAAGAGCAGGAAGCCACUGAAGGUGUUGUGGUUAUUACUAUUAUCCCAGAGUCCACGGCCUGCAGGGAGACGCAUGUAGACCACAUCCCUCUCAUCCAGCUCUAGAGACAAAGCAUUAGAUAUGUACUCAUAAUACUGAUCAUUGGUGUCAUUAUUAAACAUCCGUCUCGUCAUUGUGGUAAAGGUAAACAGCCAUGGCUUUCCCAGUGCGGUUUUCAAAGGCAAUGAUCUCCUCUCACUGGUGCUGUGAAGAUGCCUGCAUCAGAGGAGAAGCAGGGAGUGAUCAUCACUGUCCAUCUCUCAGACACCGUUAGUAAUACUGGACUGUAGCCUGAUUCAGUCUGUGUUGGAUUAGUGUGGUCAGUACCUGUAGUUGGGUUGUAGGCCCUGCCAGUGUUGGUGAAGACUUUACUGUAGAUCAGUGUGGUGUCAGUAUUGAAGGGUCCUACCCCUCCUGAAUGAGUCAAAGCAGCAGAGAAGGCCACCUUUGGUCUGUUUGAACACAGGAAGAAAACACAAGAGUCUAAGGAUUCAGUCUCACAGGGUUUACUUAUUUAAUUGAUAUUCAUUUUGAUUUGUUCUGUAGUACCAAACUAUUAUUGGAGUGUGUAGCUGUAAGAAUAUGAUGAGAACUUAGUGCCUUCAGAAAGUAUACAUACCCCUUCACUUAUUCCACAUUUUGUUGUUACAGCCUGAAUUCAAAUUAGAUUAAAUAUAUUAUAUGUUCUAAUCCAUCUACACACAAUACCCCAUAAUGACAAACGUAAAACAUGUUUUUAGAAAAUUUAGCAAAUGUAUUGAAAAG